CUCCUGUUGUUCCUCAGAUCACCUCAAUCACGUACCUAGAGCAGACGGAUUUUCUCUCUGUGAAUUAACGUGAACUUCGAAGUGCUUAUUAUAUAACUUUCUUGUGACCUGAGUGAAGUAGAUUCUGUAGAAAACGGAGACAGCAGAACUCGUGUCCAGCUUUAUCAUCUAUUUCGAAAAUACUUGCCUACGUGUUGCCUAAGAUGUCGGAGCACGUAAAGAAUGUACACAAUCACGACUUAAUCGACGAAGUCCUCCGGGACGGAACCUACAUCGACGGCAAUAUGAACUUUGCCUACUUCGACGACAACCUUUUCCCAGAACUGGACACUGUGCUUGAAGAUUCCCCAAUGCCUGUACCCAUAGAACCUACAAUGGACUGGCCCGAGACAAUGGACUUGCAACAACUGCCCGAGUUCACCAACAUGCAAUCCAUGGACUCGCAGCAACUGCACAAUUUCACCAACCUGCAACCCUUGGACUCGAUUCCUUUCUUGGCGGGCCCCGUGGUGGAAGACGCCCCAUCUGACGUCACCAUUACCGUGACCGAGGCCGCCGUGAACUGGGACUCGCCCAAUGUUACCAUCGAAGUGCAGGCCAGCGGGGAGGAGCCAGGGGCAGCCUCCGUGCCCAAGGAGGAGUCCUCGGAAGAAUCGAGCCAGAGCGGAGGCAAGGCGCUUAGCAACCCCCCAAAGAAACGCGGCAGGAAGCGCCUGUACCCCCCCGGCACAACGCCCCCAAGGAGGCGCCGCCCUCGCAAAGUGAAGCUGUACGAGCUCGAGACUUUCGAAGACCCAGAAAUGGAGAGGAAGAGACAGAACGCCCUGAACGCCAAGAUCCAUCGGGAGAAGCAGAAGGAGAAGAAGGAGGCGCUGCAGGGCCAGCUAGAAGCCGCCAUCCGUGACCGAGACGAAUUGAAGCGCCAGCUGGAGGAGAUGCGGGAGAGGGAGAAGAAGCUGGUCAAGGAGCUGGAAAUGAUUCGGCAGCAGCACAACACCCCGGCUGUCUUCCCCGUCAAAAUCAUCUACUGAAAAGCAAAACAGGACCCCAGUUUUCCUUCUUUUCUACUAAACAAAAACAAACAAAGAAAACAAACACAAUACUCGACAUAAAUACCCACUAAGAAGGGUAUUAUUCACCCUUCUUAGUGCCUAACACAACAUGCACUACACAUGAUACACUUACUUGACACUACAAGUCACCACACACUGCACGUGUGGAUUUACAUUCCUUUUAUUGAGGAGUUUGCUGUUUUAACAUCUCUAGUCAUUUGCCUGUGAUAAGUUUUGCAUCAAGGGAAAAUCAUUCUAGUCAAGCCUGUGAUAUUUGGUGCCUUAAUGUUUCUCAUGUUCAUGAGAUUAUUCUUGAGGUCUUAAUUUAUCUUUAUUGUUAAUAGAACUUGCUUAGUGUAUUUGCCAUCUUUAAAAAGUAUCUUUACGCAAGUUUAUUUGCCAUCUUUAAAAAGUAUCUUUACUGUAUGAAUAUUUUUUAUAUAAUUGCAGGUUGCGGCAGAAGGGAAAACUCCAGUGCAAGGUAUAAUCAUCUGGGUGUGAACCAACGCUGUAGCCAGUCAGAUUCGUCGAGUGUUCCAGAGGAGGGACGUCGCCUCAACACCAUAGCCAUUAUAGUCUCAUAAUCAUCAUUAGUCAUCUUCUAUAAAUUUUCUAUUUUUAGAUCAGCUUAUCGUUUACUCCCAGAGCAUUCACAUUCACUCGCCCUUAUGUCAUUAGAGAUCUUGUUUUCCAUUGAAAUGAUUGCGAAAGUAAAGAUCUGUUGUUGCGACAUCUUGCUUUUUGGGAAAGGAAGAAUUUCCAAUAAUCUUUUUUAUCUCUCUCAGUAAGGACGAGUUAAAAAUUAAAGGAUAAACUAUUAUUCGUUGAGUAUUUGUAAAGUGAUAUCAGGGAAAACCGUUCACUAUAAUUUUUUCUCCUACUUACGCAACAAUUUUUAUAAUGUUCAGGGGUAAAGGACCUUUCGAUAUAUGGUUUUGUUCCAUUCGAAUUUUCUCUUGUUUGUGCAUGAUUGUUACUUAAUUGAAGUUCUUUUAUUGGAAUUGAUAAUUUAUUUAGAAACAAAUAACUAAAAGAGUAGUGGGAAUUAGGUAUCUGCGAUAUGUACGGUAACGGGUGAGAGAUUUAGUUCUAUCAUGUUCUUUGUUAUAUAUCUAUGCACAUGUGCCCGUAGUUAUUUAGUCUUUAUUGUGAUAUUACAAAGACUGUGAUAAAUAAUGCCAGUAUUACAUUGUGAUAAAUAAUUCCAGUAUUACAUGUAGUUUGUUGGGAAAAUAUUAGAUGAUUAUUUAUUUUUUCGUGUAGAUAUAUAUAUAUAUAUAUGUGCGUAGUUUAUUUGUAGAUUUAGGAAUGCAUGUUAGUUUCACAAAUAAAAAUCUAUAUUUCCAGA